GGACGGACAUGUAAAAAGUAAGAUGUUGAGUCCAUCAAGUCCAGCCCAGAAGAACGUCAGUGAAGAGGACAGCUCUGGAUCUGAUGCAGGGUCAGAGGUCGGUCUGGAGACAGACCGGUUUGGCUUCCUUCUGACCAAUGGAUCCACAGCUGGGAGUGUGGGUCCGCCCCCUGAGCUGGUUAGGCAGAGAGAGGCCAAAUGGAUCAACAUCAUUGGCCAAUGGGAGCGCAUCUUGUUAAAGAAGACCAGUAAGGUCAAAGUGCAGUGUCAGAAGGGCAUCCCGGCCUCACUUAGAGCUAAGUGCUGGCCUCUGCUGUGUGGAGCUUCUGAUAGGAUGAAACAGAACGAAAAACUCUACCAGGCUCUGGACUCGCAGCCUGCUCUGCAGAACUGGGUGGAUGUGAUUGAGCGAGACCUAGAUCGACAGUUCCCUUUUCAUGAGAUGUUCAUUUCUAAGGACGGACAUGGGCAACGUGGUUUGUUCCGGGUGUUGAAAGCCUUCACUCAGUACAAACCAGACGAGGGUUACUGCCAGGCACAGGGACCAGUGGCUGCAGUACUGCUGAUGAACAUGCCUGCUGAGGAGGCUUUUUGGUGUCUGGUGCAGAUCAGUGAGCAGUACCUGCCUGGGUACUACAGCCCUCUACUGGAAGGAGUCCUGUUUGAUGCAGCCAUGCUGAACUGGGUUUUGAAGAGGUCGUGUCCAGCUGCACACAAACACCUGCAGCACCACGGCGUGGAGCCCCUCAUGUUCGCCACUGACUGGCUGAUGUGUCUGUUCACUCGCCACCUGCCCUUCAACACACUGCUCCGAGUCUGGGACCUUUUUUUCUGCUAUGGAGUGCGGGUGCUCCUCCAGGUGGCAGUGGUGCUGGUGCGUCGGGUGCUGGGCCGAACUGACCAGAGGAAGCAGUGCCCGGGGCAGAUGGAGACUCUGGAGAAGCUGAGGGCUGUCAGGGAACAGGUUCAAGACAAUGAAGACGAGGCCUUCAUAGUAGAGGUGUGCUCAGUGCCGCUGUCAGCCAAAGAUCUGGAGAGACAGACAGAGAAGGCAUUACAAACGUGGAGAAAAGAUAGGCCCUCAUCCACCUUUGACCCCAGAGGUCGCUGCCAGGGAUAUCGGAUGGCAUUGGAGAGGGCUCGGAACAAUGAGGAGGAACGGGAUAGGAAGGAGAGAGAGCAAGGGAACCUGUCUGUCCCUCUCACUCGCUCAGCCUCCACCCUUUCGUUGUCUCCAUCGCUCCUUCACAAGAGGUGGAGGAAAGGGGGAAAAGCUAACGCUGGCGAAUGGGCAGGUGGAGGUAAAGUUGUCAGACAUCUUUCAAUGGGAGCAAAGGAGGACUUAGGAAGCUGGACUGAUUUAAGUUUUAAGAAAGUACAGGGUGUUCAGGAGGAGGAUGAUGUAAUUUCAGAGGAAAAUAAAAACCUGUUAGAGGAACCCAAAGAAAUGGACGAGAGCAAAAACAUACCAACACAACUUGUAGAAGAGACAGAAAAAGUGCCCAUUAAACCACUGGAGGCUGAACAAACAGAAAAGGAGGAAAGCCAACAAAGAGGGACAGUAGAAAGGACGUUGCAAUCCAAACAGACAGUGAACACAGCAGAAAAGGACACAAAUGUGGAGACAGAAGAAACCAAAAGUCCGGCAGGAGCUCAGUUUGUUGAAAAAAUAUCAGUUGAACAUACCUCUGAACAAAGGGAGGAGCAGGACUUUAACAUCCAGUCACAAGUCCAACAUCAGGAAAUUGAGGGCAAUGACACAAAGGAAGAGAUGGAAAAGCAGGUGAAAGAAAGUGAACAUACAGUUACUGUGGAGGAAAAUCAGACCGAGGUAGAGAAAGAUGCAGAUCCAGACAUAAAUGUGGAGACGCAGGUAAAAUUGAGGACAGAGGUGGAUGUGAAACUCGAGGAGAGGACAGAAACUGAAAACGUGCAACAGAUACAUGUGGCCACAGUCCCAGAAGUAAGAGUAGAGGUUGAGCUACAAACAAGACCACAGACAAGGGUAGUCUCAGAGGAAGACAGCAAUACUGAAGCUGAUAGUGUUAAAAACCAAAAUCAAUCAUUAGAGAAAGAGACACGACAGCAACGGCAAGACACAGAGACAGAAAAAAGCUCAAUGGGAGAUACAUUUGAAGUUAAAUACCACAACAAUGAGUCAUUAGCAGAAAUAGAUGUGAAAGAAGAUUCCCAUACUCAACCAGAGACAGAAAUUAAUGUGCUGCCACAGACUCAAGAGACGGAAGAAACACAGGACCAACUGCAGACUGAUGUAGAAACUGAUUCAGAACAACCUGAUACGCUUCCUCUCAAUGAGACAAACACAGAGAAAGAACCAAUAAUACUGCCUUCGCCUGAAUGCAUCCAUGACAAAGACGACACAGAUGUUGCGGCAGUGGCUGAAGACACAAAACCUGUAGUAGAAAUACCAGCAGCAGAUGAGACAGUGACAGUGACAAGUGAAGUGUUUGCUCAAAGUUCAGAGAAAGAAAGAGAUACAGCAGGGUCUGAACCUGCACAGGAAGAAGAAGAACUUAAUUUGACUGUACACUCAGAGGCAGAAGACGACAACGACACCGGUAUUUGUGAUCAAACACAGUUAGAAGUAAAACCAACAGAGACAAAAGUGGAGGCUACAGACUCCGCAGCACCUCCAGAGGAGGAGGAGACUUCAACACAGCCUGUCCUGAACAUCACCUCUGAGCCUGACGGGAGUUUAGUCCAAAUAAGUUCCACUGAGCAGCCUGCACCUGAACAACCACAGAGCCAGGUCAACAUAGGUCCUGUGGAGGAGGAAAAAAGCAUAGAUCUUCAAGAAGACACAGCAGUCCAAAUAAGUGCCAUUGAGCAGCCUGCACCUGAACAACCACAGAGCCAGGUCACCAUGGCUCCUAUGGAGGAGGAAAAAAGCAUAGAUCUUCAAGAAGAUACAGCAGUUCAAAUAAGUGCCAUUGAGCAGCCUGCACCUGAACAACCACAGAGCCAGGUCAACAUAGGUCCUGUGGAGGAGGAAAAAAGCAUAGAUCUUCAAGAAGACACAGCAGUCCAAGACUGUGUAUUCAUUUCUUCUCAACCAACAGAACAGGUCCAAAACAAAGAUGAUUCUCACCUUGCAAAAGAGCAGACCGAGCCCAAUGACAGUGGUGUGAGACAAGCUUCUAGGCAUAGCAGCAGCCGCUCUUCUGGUGAUGUUUGUGUCCGCAAGUCGUCCAGUUCCCACAGAUUAGCACGCAGGCUUUCUGAAGAUCUCUUCACCUCCCCACAGAAAACUAAUCAAUCUAUCCCCUGUCAGCCAGACCAAGUCAAAAAUAUUGAAUCUCAAUCAACCCCUGAAGCUCUAAACCCAACCUCAACUGCCCCAGUUGAGUCUCUAGAAGUCACCUCGCCAUCGUCCACAGAAGUGACUGAGGCAACUGCAGUGCAACAGGAGAUGGGGAACAACCCCCCAAAGCGUUUUGGUCUCUUCCGCAGACUGAGAGGAGAGCAGCCUAAAAAAGCCAAAGCAAAGGUGACACCCAAAAUGCAAGUCCCUAAGAUCUUGAUUCAGGACUUCAGUGACCAAACAGGGACAGGGAAACCAGUCGAGGAAGAAGUGGAGGAGAAGCUGAGCUCCAGGGAGAGGAGGAGGAGGCGGAGGGAGCAAGAAAGGAGGGAGAAAGAGGAGGAGAGACUCAGGAAGAAGAGACAGAAGGAACUAGAGAAGGAAAGGGAGCGAGAGAGGAGGAAACCACAGACGAGGGGGAAAAGUUUCCAAGUGCAAAGAGAGAAAGACAGCACUGAUGCUCCUCAGCCUGCAAAGACUGGCUCACAGACACUUAGACAUAAUUCUGCUUCUUAUGCUGAAUCUUACUUUUGACAGACAUUUCUUUAUUGUAGGGCAGGAAGGAGGGGGACUGGAGCACACAGUUAUAGUUUAAAGUUUGAUUAGUUGCUAUUCUCACUGACGAGGACAUAUUGUGUGUCAAAAUGUUAGUUGCUGCGCAUUAUUAAAAGCUUUUAUUAUAACUGUCUACUCAAGACCUCAUCCCUCGAGAGCCCAUCUGUUGAGACAGCAGUUUGGGGCGCAGAAAUACUCUCAGCUUAAAUCUUUUUAUACUUGAAACAUUUAACAUGUAAAUAAAUAAGAAAUGUUGUU